AUGUACGGCCCGAACAGUCUCAUAAAAUGGUUUGACAAUAAAGGAGUUGUUCUAGGUUCUAAUUUUAUAACAUCUGGUGAACCUGAAACAAUCAAGCGUUGGGACAAAAAACAUAAACAAUUUGUGGAUGUUGAAAGACCGGAAGUCAUUGGAUUAUAUAAUAAGUCAAUGGGAGGAGUAGACGUGCAUGACCAACUUGUUAGCUUUUACAGAACUUUUAUCAAGUCUCGAAAAUGGACACUGAGGUUAAUUGCUCAUGCGUUUGAUAUGGCUACUGUAAAUAGUUGGUUAGAGUAUAAGAAACACACUAAACACUGUAAUAUAUUAAUUCGAAACACAAUGGACCUACUAGCAUUCAAAGAACGUUUAGCAAACACCCUAAUUUCAUUAGGAAGAACAAAAGCAUUUAUAACUCCUCCAAAGAAAAGAGGCCGGCCUAGUACAUCGCCAUCUCCAACUCCUGAACCUGAAGUACAACCAGUUAGAAACAAACCAAGAUCUGUAGAUUCAACUCCAUAUGAAGAAACCAUAAAAGAUGGAUUAGAUCAUAUGCCUACUUAUGACAACAAACUAAAUAGUAGUAGAUGUAAAAAUAGUCCUUGCAAAUUCAAAACCAAUGUUUAUUGUGACAAAUGUAAUAUACAUUUAUGUUUUGUUCCCGGGCGAGUAUGUUAUCGUCAAAAACAUAGAAAGUAA